CAAAUCGCACGGGCGGGCUUUUCGGAGCUUCUUCAAGAGGAUGGGCCCCUCAAGACGUGGCCGACAGAGGCGGGGUGGGCAGAGACGACGGGUCAGAGGGCGGAAAUGAAGUUAAGUUACAUCUCAUUCUUGGCGGCAAGUGCCGGCCGGAUUCUCCUUCCCAAGUCGCGACCACCGCCCUUCCUUCCUUCUUUCCUCGCACAAAAUUGGCAACCACCAUGGGCCUAUGGGACUGGUAUCGCACCAUCACCCCCCGAACGCGCAUCUUCAUCGGCGUCGGCAUCAUGGCGUACGCAGGCGCUGGCAUGGUACUAUCCGACAAGGCCGAAGAGUUCUUUGGAUUAGUACCCACAGAGAAAGAUAAAGAGGAGCUGGAAAAGGUCCUGCCAAAGAUCACAACCGUCAACAAGGGAGGCAAAUGAUAGCCGAGCCUACGCGACAAGAAAGAUUCAAUCACCAUCUAGCACGGUUAUGCUACAGUCAGGGGGGGGGGAAGACACGAGUAGGCGAUACACGUCACAGCCAAUGAAGGAAGAACACUGGUCUCUGGCCAGAGCCGUAGCACGUGAAUUGUAUGUACAUUGGAAGUUUUGCGAAAUGACCUGAAUGGACACACCAAACAACACCGUUCUCGAAUCUA